CGCCGCGGCGAGACCUGCGCACCGCGUGGAAGAAGCGGCACAACGAGCGCUACCGGCGCGAGCAGCAGCAGCAGCGGGCGGCGGCGGCGCUCAGCCCGCGCCAACGCCUACGCGCCAGCCAGGAGACGCCGUACCCGCGCUACGAGCGGCCGCUGCAGGUGGACGUGCGGCCGUCGGAGGGCGCCGGUGAGGUGCCGUACGACCUGUCGCGGCGCGCCGAGCACCAGCGCAUGUCGCCGGCCAGUGACCCAAGCCUGGCCGGCGCCGCCGAGCAGCCGCUCGACCUCACCGUCCGCAAGCCGGCCGACCAGGACGAGAAUAUGAACGAGGUGGGGCCGCAGAGGUGGCCCGAGGGGCCGGCCAUCGAGCCGCCGCCGCCGCCCGGGGAGCCGUCAGCGGCUUCGCCGCCGCUUCCCUCCCGAGGCGUCCCCGACGCAUCACUCAGCGGGGUCAUCGACCUCCCCUGCGGUGGAGUUGCGAUCGCUUCAUCCUCUGGGGUCUCCGCUGGCUCCUCCAGAGGAGCCACUGUCGCAUCUCCCAGCGAGGUCUCCGGCGCUCCCUCCAACAGUGUCGCCAGUUCAGUAUUCCACGGGAUCACUGACUCAUCAUUCGACGGGCCCAGCGGUGUCUGCGGCAGGUUCGCCACUGCGGCCCCCCACGGGGUCACCGGUGUUCCGUCAGGCCGCUUCCCCGCCGCAACAGCCCUCUGGGUCACCGACACACCCGCCAGCGGCUUCAUCGGGGUACAUGCUGGUCAGGUCACCGUUGCACUUGCCAGCAAGAUCGAGAGAGCAUCCAAGCUCGAUGAUCCGCCGCCCGAGCCGGCGCCGCCCGCGCAGGAGAAGCCGCCCGGCACGUUCCAGAUGAUGCGCGCGCAGAUCGAGCCCAUCAACGUGUCGCGCAGUCAGACACAGAGCACCAGCCGGCUCAAGGACAAGUACUGGUGCAAGUUCUGUGGCAAGAACUUCCCGCGCUCGGCCAACCUGACGCGCCACCUGCGCACGCACACGGGCGAGCAGCCGUACAAGUGCAAGUACUGUGAGCGCUCGUUCAGCAUCUCGUCCAACCUGCAGCGCCACAUCCGCAACAUCCACAACAAGGAGAAGCCGUUCCGGUGUCCGCUCUGCGACCGCUGCUUCGGCCAGCAGACCAACCUGGACCGGCACCUGCGCAAGCACGAGUCGGACGGGCCGACCAUCCUGGACGGCGAAACUCCGCGGCGGCCGUACACGGUGCGCCGCGGCUCGCCGGCCGCCUCAACUGGCGGCAGCCGCACCGACUCCGACUCUGACUCCGACUCGGACGAGAUCGACGUCGAAACGCCGGACAGUCCGGACGAGCCGCCGUCGCUGCAGAUCGACGAGUCGGCUGGUGCGUCGGAGCCGGCGAGCGGCGGCGACAAACACUGA